AUGUCAUUCACUUGCCGCACCUGCGCCAGACGCAAGGUAAGAUGCGACAGGCUGACGCCUCGCUGCUCCAGCUGCCGCAGGGGCAACCACGAGUGCUCAUACCGAGCACCGACCCCGCGAUCGCGGAAACGCAAGACAAGUGAGGAGCCCUCGGAGCGGCUCGCGCGAUAUGAGCGCAUUCUGCGGCAGCACGGCUUGCUGGACGGUGACACGCGGCCGACGGCGAGAGAUACCUCGCCUGAGCCGAUUUCGUUUCACUACAACGAAUCCGAGGCCUCGAAGGCUGGUAGGGUGCUUACGGCAGAAGGCACGUCGAGGUAUGUCAGCGGGCAUCCGUGGAAUAAUCUCGGUGAGGAGGAGGUGCGACGCGUCUUCGAAGAGGAAGAGCAGGAGCAGCAAGAGAUGGCCAUUACACCCGAGACCUUGAUGUCUGAUCCGUUGGUCGGUGCGCUCGUGGGCUCUCGACGCUCGCUUCUGCAGUACCACCCGACUCACGCAGACGCCAGGCUGCUGUGGCAAACGCAUGUCGAGAGCGUGGAGCCGUUCUGCAAGAUCCUGCACAUCCCCUCCACCUCUGCGAUGAUCGAGAGGGUUUCAUGCCGCCCCGAGCUAGCGUCAGAUGCAGAUGAGUGUCUUGUGUUUGCCAUCUAUCGAUUUUCAAUCUACGUGAUGACGGAUGCGGAAUGCAUGCUAAAACUGGGCCAUCCACGCAGUACCUUGAGCAGACGAUAUCAUUCCGCAGCGCAACAAGCGCUGGUCAAUGCUGCAUUUCUGAAAACGAGUGACAUCCAGGUCCUUCAGGCUUUAGUCCUAUUCCUCCUCUCCAGCCGCCAGUAUUAUGACUCGCAGACGUACUGGAUACUAACGGGUGUUGCCGUGCGCAUCGGGCAGCGGAUCGGACUCCACCAAGACGGAGAGAAGCUGGGAAUGUGCCCGUUCGAUGUCCAGAUGCGGCGACGCCUAUUCUACCAGCUCAUGCCCCUCGACGGCCGAGCGAGUCAAAUGGCAGGCACCGUCGUGUCCAUCCCGCCAGACGCGUGGGACACCCAGCUCCCGCUCAACAUCGACGACGAGCAGAUCUGGCCCGGCAUGACGGCAACCCCGCGGGAGCAGCAGGGCGCGACACAGAUGAUGUUUUUCCUGUCGCGCGCCUGCAUCGGGCGGUUCUUCGCGAGCAUGAGCCCGCAUCUGCGCAGCAACGGGCCGUGGAAGUUCGGCAGCCUGCCCGAGGCCGAGGCGGUCAUCGGUGCCGCUGAGCGGGAGGUCGAGGACAAGUACACCCGCUACUGCGAUAUCGUCGACCCGCUGCAUUUCCUGACGGUCGGGCUGGCGCGCGCGGGCAUCACCGCCAUGCGACUUCGGGUCCGGCUAACGAAGGUCCGGAAUCUGACUGCCACGGACGCGGAGAUGAGGGAGGUCUUGCACCUCGCCCAGAAGAUCUUGGAUACCGAUGCGGCGGUGUCGGACCACGCGGGCCUGGAGAGGUACCGGUGGCAUGUCCGACCGUUCUUUCUGUGGGGCACCUUCGAUUCGUUCAUCUUCGUCUUGACGACCCUGUGGACGCGGGCUAGUGUUCUCUCUCCGGUGGAAAUCGAGGAGGCGUGGAAGAAGGUUGAGCAGAUUUAUGGUCAUCAUGAUGAGCUUUGGGACCCGAAGCCGUUGUACGUGGCAUUGCGCAGACUCACGCUCAAAGCUUGGGAUGCUCAUGCGCGAAGCGACACGGGUGCAGAGCCGGGGUUCAUUGCGACCUCGCGC